CUCUACACUCUAACCACUAGUCUACCUGCCUCCUCUACACUCUAACCACUAGACUACCUGCCUCCUCUACACUCUAACCACUAGUUGAUAUGUAUGUGUCUAUUCCAGGGUUCGAGAGCAUUCUGGAGGGAAUCUAUGGCCCGUUGCUGCUCAGAGACCUCAAUAUUUUUGAUGACUGUGAACCCGAGGAGCUAGAGGACUGGGCAGUGAAGGCCAGUUGUUCCUUCUGCAGCCUGCUGAUCAAUGACCAUGUCCCAGUGGCCGCUUCCCCCUCAGACGACACGCCCUCCCAAGCCCCUUCCCUCUCGGACAGCAGCCUAUCAGCUCACAGGUUCCUCCACGCUGUGUUCCAUAAGAAAGAGCUGGCGUCCAGUGGAGACCCUAACGCCCUCUGGUGGCCCAGGAACUGAUGAAGAGGAU